AGAGAAAAUUACGAGAAUUAGAUAAACUUCAAGAGAACUUGAACAUUAAGCGAAAUAUCAAGAGAACGUUAUUAUUUCUGUACAGUUUCCUUGCUCAGCUUACUGCGUCAACGUCUUCCGGUUACUCUGGAUUGAGUUCCUCUUUUAUGAAGUCAAUGUCUGAUGAGUAUUUAUCUAAUAUUUCCUUUAGUACGAUUGGAGCAUUAAGCGAAACAUCCCAAGAAAAGUUUGUUAUUAUCCUGGGAACAAUUAAGAGCUUUGCUUCAGAAGACUCAUGGUUUUACAAUGCAUGUAAAACUUGCAACAAAAAGGUUCUUACGAACACUAUUUGCAAGGACAAGGAAGAUGGAAGUCAAGGAUAUGAUGAAGUAACUGUCUUGGAAUGCCAAACUGAUCGGUGCAAUAAAAGGACUGUUGUGUCUGUUCCCAGGAUAAAAGUUCUAAUACGUGUUCAGGAUUGUACCGGGAUUGUUACUUUGACGUUGUUUGAACGUGAAGUUGUUAAACUGAUAAAGGUUAACGCAAACCAGCUAUUGGAUAAAAACAUGGAGUUAGCCAGCGAAGGUAACUUUCCCAAGGAGCUGAAGGCAUUGCUAAAUAGGAGGUUUGCGUUUAAGAUAGCCAUAUGUUCAUUUAACAUAAAAAACAAAUCAGAUGGCUACUCGGUGCCGAAGUUGACUGAAAAUCCUGCAAUCAUCAAAGAUCUUGAUAGGCAUUUUGCUGCUUUCCAGUCUGCUGAUGAUGAACCUUUAAAUGUUGUUCCUUCUGAUUCAAAUCCAACUGUUAACAUCCAAAUCCGGAUUCUGUUUCCCGUACCGGUGAUGACGACACGCCGAUGUCCAAUUUGAACAAUAGCAUGUUUACUACACCCUCCGGAGCGGAUAAUUGUUGUUCUUCGAAGAUGCUGGAGAAUGAACUUAAGCAUAAUUUGGAUGCUGUUUAUGAUGUGGAUUUAUGUUCUUCUCAGUCUUCAACUAACCCGCGUAAGGGUGAUUGUGAGAACAAUGAAGGUUUGAUUGUGAAGGUGGGUCUUUUGAAUCCAAAGCUGGAAAAGUAGUCUCAGAAUCUAAUAGUCAUCUCAGUUUCUUCAAACAAGUUUUCAAUUUUUUUUUCGUUCAAUCGUAUUAAGAACAUUUGCGUCAGUACUUGAUGUUGCUUUUUACUCAAUGUUUGUUGCGGUUUAUCUUGAUUUUCGUUUAUUAUCGUUAUAUCAAUAAGAGAUGAUAUUAUUAA